AUGGCGUUGUUUAGUCUUUCAGAAGACACAUUGAAAGGAACGCAGAUUUAUGUUCUAAAUGGAAGUGACCCAGAAGGUCAGCCAGUCAAAUAUGGAAUGACCUUUGAAUCUGGAUCCAAAGAAUAUUUUCGUGUUCAUCCUCAAUCUGGAAAAGUAACUUUGACAGAGGAGCUGGACAGAGAGGCACAAGAUGCGAUUGAGGUCUUUGUCAGUAUCUCAGAUGGCCUGAAUAAAGUUGUUGAAAAGGUUACAGUUUUUGUACUGGAUGCCAAUGAUGAGAGACCACAGUUUCAAAAUAUGCCCUCCAUCGUGGAUGUGCCAGAGAACACAACAUCUGGGAGCAGCAUUUACAAAGUGUUGGCAGUAGACCGAGACACAGGUUCAGGGGGAUCGGUCACUUACUCCCUCCAGAGCACUGAACCAAACACAAAGUUUGCUAUUGACCAAAACACCGGUGUGCUGAGGAUAAAACCUGGAGAAGGCCUCGAUUAUGAGAAAUCUCGCACGCAUUUUAUCACUAUAGUGGCAAAGGAUGGUGGUGGCGAUUACAAUGGAAAACAAGUGAUGAUGACAUCAUCUGCCACCUUGACAAUAAAUGUGAUUGACAUUCAAGACACUCCCCCCAUGUUUGUUGGAACACCUUACUUUGGUUAUGUCUAUGAAGUCUCCUCACCUGGCUCCGAGGUAUUUAUAGUUUUUGCCAAAGAUGGAGACAUAGCAAAUCCAAAUCCAGUCAUUUAUUCAAUAGACUCUGGAGCAGAUGGAGUUUUUGCCAUUAAUAAAACCAGUGGCUGUAUUUCCCUGAAAGUAUACCCGACCCAACUGAAAAGGGAAACUUUCGAUAUAAAAGUCAAGGCAUCAGAAAUCAAUCCAGAAGGGAAACUAAUGGACUAUGCUUUUACCACGGUGACCAUUCGGGUAGUGGAUCUGAAUAACCAUCCACCAACGUUCUACGGAGAGAAUGGACCACAGAACACGUUUGAACUAACAAUGUAUGAACAUCCUCCAGUGGGAGAGUUUCUGAGGGGCUUAAAAAUCACAGUCAAUGACUCAGAUCAGGGAGCAAAUGCAAAAUUCCACCUCAGAUUGGUUGGCCCGGGCCGCAUGUUAAGAGUGGUUCCUCAGACUGUUCUGAAUGAAGCCCAGGUCACUGUCCUGGUUGAGGAUUCUGCUGGAAUAGACUUUGAGAAAUCACAAUUUUUGACAUUUAAGCUCCUCGCUGUUGAGAUUGACACACCUGAGAGAUUCAGUGCUACAGCAGAUAUAAUCAUUCAUCUACUAGACACCAACGAUAACGCUCCGAAGUUCACCUCCGAAUUUUACAUUGCCCGGAUUCCAGAGAACUCACCUGGAGGCUCCAAUGUUGUGUCUGUGACAGCCACAGAUCCUGAUUCUGGUCUAUGGGGUGUGGUCAGAUACUCCAUCUACGGUUCAGGUGCAGACCUGUUUCUCAUUCAGGCUGAUUCUGGAAUCAUCUACACCCAGCCCUGGGCCAGUCUGGACGCUGAAGUAAAAUCCAAGUAUAACUUUUAUGUGAAGGCCGAAGACACAGAAGGAAAAUACAGUCUCGCUGAAGUCUUUGUUACCAUCCUGGACCUCAAUGACCAUUCACCAGCAUUUAAUGAAAACUCACUAGAGAAGACAAUGAUUAUCGGCGCACCGGUGAAAAUAGAGGCAGUUGAUGAAGAUGCAGAGGAGCCAAACAAUGUCAUUGAAUACUCCAUCAUGAAAACGGAGCCAGACAACAUAUUUGACAUUGAUGCAGAUACAGGAGAAAUAAAGUUAAAGUCGUACAUCAAGUCUAUGGACAUUGUCCAGAACAUCACUAACCAGAGAGACUGUACCUGGUCUGUGGUAGUUCAGGCCAAAGAUAGAGGUUCUCCAUCAUUUAGUACCACUACUAUAGUAAAGAUUGACAUCACAGAAGCGACUCAACUCAGGGGACCAUUGGCGUCCUUUUUAAUGAAAAGUAGAGAAAAUCCCAUGCAUAUCCUAGGCUUGAUUGGUGGUGUCAUUGUAACCAUGGUUUGUGUGACAGUUCUGAUAUCUACCGUUAUAUACAUAAGAAACAUAAAGUCCAACCGGAUCCUGCCCUCCCGGCGCAUCGUACGGAGGAAACGUAAACCUCGGAGACAAGAGAACUUCCAGCAACCAUUUCGAGAGGAACAUCAUGGAGAUCAUUUCAGAGAGAUUCCUACAAUAGAAAACGUCAACUGUAAUAACAACAGGAGUGCGUGUAAACAUCAAUCCCCUCCGUCACCUCCUAACGCCCCCGUUCCCCCACCGUUGCCAAAUCACUACAGGAAAAAAGACAGGGAUUGGACGGUACCUACAGUGUCUGCCACCGUGGCGUCCAAGACAAAGAAAAGGUCUGUUAGGGAAAAAGACAAUCCUGUCAAUACGGCACUGGUUUCUGAGCUCAAACUCAGACUGGAGCAGAAAAAGAUGGCUAACAGAUACUGAGUAUGUAUCCUUAAGUAUGUUUGCUUAAGUGAUGACCACAAGGACUAGAUCCCAGCUGGCAUUGGACACGUCUGCCAACUUGGCAAGCUACUUAUUGAAUCUUUUCUAAUGCGUACAGAGUUCAGUUGGGGCUGCAAGUCAAAGCUAAUGGAUGAUUUAAAGACCUGUUACGGGAAACUAACAGCCUGCUAUCAUGCCCUCUUCUGAGAUCAUUGGUUUACACCUACUGUAAACUACUUGGACAUUUCUCCAUCUUUGGUUACCUCUUCAUCUGGAAAUUUAAAAUACACGUAUAUUUACACUAUAAUUGUAAUAUAAGGGCGUGUCAUAAAAAGGGAAACUAACAAUGACAAUAAAAUAUGCCUCUUCAUAAUCCUGUACUCACUACGGUUUUUUUAAUGAUUAAUGCCAGGGUAUAUGGGGAUUCUGGAUCUCAUAGAAUAUUGUCUGUUCAUUUAAAGAACCAUCACAAUGCCAAAUUGUUUAUAGAAUUUGUUGGUUUAUAUGAUAUUUUAUUUGACAAAACAUUAUGACUGUUUAAUCCAGUAUUAUACUUUGUGUAAACCAUGCUAAGCAUAUGUCUAGAAUAAAUCUUUUUGAAAUCUCCACUAACAAAAAAAACAAUUAUUUUAGUACGACUAGUACUGUGUCUUUCAAUUAUUCAGUCCUUCGCGAUGCCAUAGAAUAACUUUUUUGUCUAAAUGGUUCCACAAAGAACCUUUAACAUCUGAAGAAAUUUUUAAAAGGUAAGAAGGAGAUGGUUCUUUAAAGAACCUUUGACUGAACGGUUCUUUGUGGAACCAAAAAUGGUUCUUCCAUGACAUCGCUGUGAAGAAUCUUUCAAGGACCUUUAUUUUAUUGUGCAG